AUGGCAUGUCUGAUGGCGGCUUUCUCCCUGGGCAGCGCUUUGGGUGGCAGCAGCUCUGGUUGCACCAUGACCGAGCCAAAGUCUGUGUGUGUUUCGGUGGACGAGGUGGUCUCCAAUGGCACAGACACCCAGGACAUCCGACUCAUGAAUGGACACUUAAAAAAAGUGGACAAUGCUCUGACAGAAGCUCACAGGUUCUCCUACCUGCCCCGCAGGCCAGCUGUGAACAUUGAGUUUAAAGAACUGUCCUACUCUAUCCAGGAAGGGCCAUGGUGGAGAAAGAAAGGUUAUAAGACCCUUUUGAAAGGAAUUUCAGGGAAGUUCAGCAGUGGAGAACUCGUUGCAAUUAUGGGACCUUCAGGAGCUGGGAAGUCAACGCUUAUGAAUAUUCUGGCAGGGUACAGAGAGACGGGAAUGAAAGGAGAAAUCCUCAUCAACGGGCAGCCCCGCGACCUGCGCUCCUUCCGCAAAGUCUCCUGCUACAUCAUGCAAGAUGACAUGCUCCUUCCUCACCUCACCGUCCAGGAAGCCAUGAUGGUAUCUGCUCAUCUGAAACUUCAAGAGAAAGAUGAAGGGAGGAGAGAAAUGGUGAAGGAAAUCCUGACAGCCCUUGGUUUGCUGACAUGUGCCAACACGAGGACUGGGAGUCUUUCUGGAGGCCAGAGGAAGCGUCUUGCCAUUGCUUUGGAGCUGGUGAACAACCCUCCUGUCAUGUUCUUCGAUGAACCAACCAGUGGUUUGGAUAGUGCAUCAUGUUUCCAGGUGGUCUCUCUGAUGAAGGCUUUGGCCCAGGGUGGCAGGUCCAUCAUCUGCACUAUUCACCAGCCCAGUGCAAAACUCUUUGAGCUCUUUGACCAGCUCUAUGUUCUAAGUCAAGGUCAGUGCAUUUACCGUGGGAAGGUAACAAACCUUGUCCCUUACUUGAGAGAUUUGGGGUUGAAUUGUCCAACCUACCACAACCCAGCAGAUUUUGUUAUGGAGGUGGCCUCUGGGGAGUACGGGGACCAGAACAGCCGCCUGGUCAGGGCUGUGAGGGACAGGAUUUGUGACACGGACUACAAGAGAGACGUGGCUGGGGAGAACGAGCUGAACCCCUUCCUGUGGCACCGGCCCUCUGAAGAGGUACUUGGUGGAAGGAGGGACUCCUCCUCCACAGAAGGCUGCCACAGCUUCUCUGCCAGCUGCCUGACCCAGUUCUGCAUCCUCUUCAAAAGAACUUUCCUCACCAUCAUGAGGGACUCGGUCCUGACACACUUGAGGAUCACCUCACACAUUGGCAUUGGGCUGCUCAUUGGAUUGCUCUACUUGGGCAUUGGCAAUGAAGCCAAGAAAGUCCUCAGCAACUCGGGAUUCCUCUUUUUUUCCAUGUUGUUCCUCAUGUUUGCUGCGCUGAUGCCGACCGUCCUCACCUUCCCCCUUGAGAUGGGAGUAUUUCUCAGAGAACAUCUGAACUACUGGUACAGCCUGAAAGCCUAUUACCUCGCCAAAACCAUGGCUGAUGUUCCUUUUCAGAUCAUGUUCCCUGUGGCUUACUGCAGCAUCGUGUACUGGAUGACUUCCCAGCCCUCCGACGCGCUGCGCUUCGUCCUCUUCGCAGCCCUGGGGACCAUGACAUCCCUGGUGGCUCAGUCACUGGGCCUGCUCAUAGGUGCAGCCUCCACAUCCCUCCAGGUGGCAACAUUUGUGGGCCCAGUUACUGCCAUCCCAGUCCUUCUGUUCUCUGGGUUUUUUGUCAGCUUUGAUACCAUCCCAACAUACCUCCAGUGGAUGUCCUACAUUUCCUAUGUCAGAUACGGGUUCGAAGGAGUCAUCCUCUCCAUCUAUGGACUGGAUCGAGAAGAUCUGCAUUGUGACAAAGAUGACACCUGCCAUUUUCAAAAAUCAGAGGCCAUCCUGAAAGAACUGGAUGUAGAAAAUGCCAAACUUUACCUGGACUUCAUUGUCCUCGGGAUUUUCUUCUUCUCUCUGCGCCUGAUUGCCUAUUUUGUCCUCAGAUACAAAAUCCGAGCGGAGAGGUAA